CUCUCUCCUCUUCUUCUCUGAUGGCCAAAACUUGUUUGUUCUUGAGUAGAUAAGAAAAGCAGCUUCUGAAGAAGGGCAGUCGUCGUUGGUCUGGGAUCCAAAUCAAAGGAAGGAUAUGAUGGACCAGCGGCAAAACUCAACAGUUACUCAAGAAAGUAACAAGAGGAAGCUUGAAGAAGAUAUUCAACUUGCUAAGCAAAGAGCACAAGAAAUCGCAGCUCGUCUAUCCAUUGAUGCCGAAUCCAAACGCCCUCGCCUUUUCUCUGACGACAAUAACGGUUUCUCUAAUCCCUCCAAUCCAUCUCCCACUCCAAUUCCUUCCACUGCACAGACGUUUACAAGUCAGUUCAGUUCAAGCAUCCCACCUGCAUCGGUACAAUCAGGGACUGUUUAUGGUUUGCAAGGCUCUAGUAAGACAAUUGCUAUUCCUAAUGGAAAGGUUGGCAUGGUGAUUGGUAAAGGGGGUGAAACAAUAAGAUACAUUCAGCUUCAAUCAGGGGCUAAAAUCCAGAUAACCAGAGAUUCAGAUGCUGAUCCUUAUGCAACUACUAGGAAUGUAGAGUUAUUGGGUACUCAACAGCAGAUUGAAAGGGCAGAGGAGCUUAUCAUUAAUAUUAUCAAAGAGUCAGAUCAAGGGAACACUGCACAGUCCGAUCCGAAAGUGCAGCCUGGGAAUGAACAGAUUGAACUGAAGGUUCCCAACCAUAAGGUUGCGUCUCUUAUUGGAAAGGGUGGUGAGACUAUUAGGAGUAUACAGAGUCAAUCUGGAGCGCGUAUCCAGAUCAUUCCACUUCACCUUCCUCCCGGGGAUACAUCAACAGAAAGAAAUGUUUACAUAAGCGGACUGAAAGAGCAAGUUGAAUCAGCUAGAAGUUUGAUCAAUGAUAUAAUUUCAGUGAAUCGACCAAGACAAGGAGGGUAUAUGCAGCAGCAGCCGACUUACCCACCACCCCAGAGCACUUGGGCCCCACCCGGACAACAACCGCCACCUCAGCAACAACAGCCUGGAUACGGUUACCCACCUCCUCCACCUUAUUACAGUAACUAUUCUGCUCCACCACCAGCAGAUUCUACUCAAUCCGCUACCUCAGCUGCACCAACGCCUCCAUAUUAUGGUGGCUAUCCUGCUCAAGAACAGUCGGGCUCUACUACUCAACAGCAAUUGCCUUCCUCUUAUUAUGGUGCCUAUCCUGCUCAGACUUCAGAUCAAUCCGUCGCUUCUUCUGUCGCACCCCCGCCUUAUUACUAUGGACAAUCAGCCGAAAUGGGAAAUACUCAACAUAAUCUAACCUCCUAUGGGUAUGGAUAUGGUUAUCCUCCACCCCCACCUGUUCCUGGCCAAACCUACGAACAGGAUCCUUCCAAACAGACUUCUCAAUCUGAUGAUCAGAAAAAAAGUGAUUCCAAACUAGAUGGAACUGUUGAACAAUCAGAUAAGCCGCAGCAGCAGCAGCAACAGGUAUAUCCUUAUGGUUAUGGGACUGCUGGUAUGUAUUAUGCAAGCGGUUAUGGUCAGAUGGGUUAUGGUCAUCCGGGUUAUCCUGCACAACAAGCUCCUCCUGGAGCUUACCCUCCACCACCACAUACGGAGGCGUAUGGUGGCUCUGAAGGAAAUGGUGCUCCCCCGGCUAAUGGAGCAGAUACUAAGCCUGUUAUUGAAACAACUAAAGGGUAAUUGUGUUUUUUUUUCAGAUUAUUUUUUGGUAUGGGGGACUCGGUUAGCUGAGAAUUGGUCUAAGUUUGUUUCAUUUUUAUUAUAUAAUGUAGUGUAGUAGGGUUUGGUGAUUUGUUCUUACUAUUUGUUUUUGGGUUUUUUCUAGUUUGUUGAUUAAUGACUUUACAGACUUGAAUGGUGGGGGUGAAGAAGGAAGGGGUUAAUACAUUUAGUAACAAUAUUUCUGUCAGAUUCUGAUUGAUAAUAUUUACAGGUGGUUUUUCAUUUGUUGGAUUCAAAUUCAUAUCUAAAUGUGAACCCUAUACAUGUUGGGUA